AUGAUUGUUGAAGCUCAAAAUGAUCUUAGUUUAUUUAACAUUCAAUUAGCACCCUACACCGAUGAUAUUACACAGAGCGAUAGCCGUCAUUGUUACAUUGAAUAUGAUGACCCUUCGCAGUAUGUUUAUGCUGUUGCUCUCGGUAAAAAUCCAUCAACAUUUAGCUUUUUCUUCGUUGGUGAAAUGACUGGUUUGGAGGAAGAUGAUGAAUUGGCGAAUCGCACAUUUGUCGGCUUUCUCAAUUACACAGGCUCUCCUCUUACAAUUGAUUGUGAGUUCAAUUUAGCCAUAAAAUAUGUGGAGAUACGCUUCGUUCAUCAGGAGCACUUAGUGAUGACAACUGAUGCUCUUGGUUUGGUUGCCUAUGGUUUCUCCGAUCGCUUUACAUUUUCUUAUGCAGCAUCUAACAACAAUCUAAGCAUUCAUCUGAAUAAUUCACUUUCUCCGUCAACAGCAUUCCUACCAUAUGCCGUUGAUUACGAUGGUAGUCACGGUAUUAUUGCUGGCUUUCUCAGCAAUGGUCUAAGUUCACGGAUCAAAUACCGUGCAGCUGCUAUUCUAUUUAGUAUCGAUGCAUUAACAACCAUUGCCACAAAUAUUAGUAUAUGGAAGUACCCAACAAAUGAUACAACAUGGCAGGCUGGACAGACAAAUGCAGGUGCUGAUCAGCAUGAUCCUAAAUUUGACAUGUCUGUCAGUAUAAAUCCAACAGCUACACAAGUUCUCAUCGGUAUUCAGUCGAUGAAUACAGUUUUUCUCCUCAGUUACGCAACGCUAACACUGACAUUAGUUACUUCAAUAGACAACGGUCGAGGACUUGGUUUCGGCAAAGGUGUUGCUUGGCUUAAUGACACUCUCAACAGUGUUGUCAUUCUUGCUAAUGUCUACUCAACAAAUUAUGUUUGGAGUUCUUCAAAAAUCUAUGUUUACGACAGUCCAUUGGCGAAUACCUCGAGACCUGUCUCCAUCUUUCCCAACAGUCAACAGCCACUUUACAGUUACAUGUCUUCUGUCUUUCUCAAUAUCAUCACAAAUUCACUAGAUUUAGUUCUCCUUGAUGACCAAGGCGGUCUCUUUGUCAUUCUCUCAGCUCCUAUUGGUCAUUAUUCCUCAACAGUUGGACCAACUGUUGAAAUUAUGCCGGCAUUCUCCUCACAAGUAUCUUGCAUGCCCGGUACAUAUAAGAAUGUAACAGGUAUUCGUCGCUGUUUUCUCUGUCCGGCAGGAACAAAAAAUGAUGGAAUCAACAGUACAAUAACAACUUGUGUCGAUUGUGCAAUAAACACAUUCUGUCCGCUUGGUUCUGCAAGCGAUUCUAUCUCGAACGAUCAGCUCAACAACGUCACUCAAACAGUUGCCUAUCCAAAAUCUCCAGAUAUCACUGGACUUGAUGAUAUUCUGUUUUUCACACUGUUUUCAAUUGGUUCGUCUGCACGCUGUGUUGCUCUUUCACCAAUCUUUUGGACCAUAAUCGUUGCUGCUAUUGUAAUUGUUAUUGUAAGUGUCAUGCUUGUGAUUAAAUACUGUGUUAAAAAUCCAAGAGCUAUAAAUAGUUAUAAAUUAUUUGAGAAAGUAUUUAAACAAACAGAUAUCAUUCGUGAAGGUAAUAUGUGGGCCGGUGGCCUUGCUACGUUUUGUGUUAUCGUGCUCUGUGUUUCUUGCUGUGUAUUCAGUGCUAAAUAUUAUAGUUCUUAUCCGAUUGAAACAUCUGGACCUUCGACGUAUACCUGUGAUACAAGUAUACGUAAUGCACAAUUUUCUUCAUCAUUACGAUCUUUAUCAGUACCAGUUGAAGAAAAUAUUCAAGGCAUGAUAGACUUGUUAAACGAUCAAGCAGUCAAUCUCGAUGUCUCUUUUCUCAAUACAGUUUACAAUUGCACAUCAGAUGAAGUUACAUUGACCUAUCUCUUAGGUGCAACGUGGUUGCCAGUGUCACCAAAUCGCUCCUGUAAAUUGUCAAGCUACAUAGUUUCAUAUAGUGCUCUCUUGCCAUUUAGAUCAAUUACUGUACAGUUUACUUUACCAAACAUAUAUACAAUUGGUGGACUUCGUGUAGGUCUGAGUGCUCCCGGUAAAAAAGAAACUUCUACAAUAACGCUUCAAGAUUUAGGUUUUUCACAAACAUUCAAUCAAAGUGGUCAUAUGCUUGGACAAGACGCCCGUAUCGCGCUUCAACUGACAAAAGUAAUCAAUAGUACAAGUCCACUUGUAAAAGGUGAGGAUGACAUACUGAGUGGUAUUUGGAUUGGUUCAUUUACGGUGAAUUACUACGAAUCAUUCAUGACAGACACUGAUUAUUUGAAUGCGCCACCUAAGACGUCAACAAAUCUGAUACUGGUCAUCAGUGAAACACCCUAUUAUAUACAAAAUGAGCAAUCACCAAUUGCUAGAUUACCUGAAAUGAUUUAUCAUGAUUUCCUGUUUAUAACAAUGAUUAUUGGAAUGUUUGUGCUUAUAUUUGUUAUAGUUGAAGUAAUGAUUUUACCAUGUGUAGCCUCGUUAAUUCGUAAGUGCACACGAAACGCUGAUGACAAAUAUCGAACAGAUAGUAGCCGUCAAUCUGUCUCUGCUCAUGAUAAUGCAGCAAAUUCGAUUUAUCACUCAAAUAGACAAGAGUCAAGGGAACUUAAGCACAAUUCUGCUAUUGUUGAUAAUGUUGCUUUAUUUCAAAGACAAAAGUACACUUUAAAUCAAUAUGCUAAUCGUAGUGAAGAUGACACUCAGCAGUUGCCGCCGAUGUGGAAUCGUCAAGCGUAUCUUUAA